UUUAAAUUUUAAUGGUAUGGAAAUAUGGAAAGCUCUAUCAUCGACAAUGCUCGGUAUCGAUCAAAGGUUUGAAUUGAAGUUCAGACAAAGCAAAAUGGACCACAAAUUUUACAUUUAAAUUUAUCAGUAAUGAAUAACACAUAACAUAUCGGUAUGAAUUCUUCGACAGAGCAUGAGCGCAAAAAAGAAACGGUUAGAUUUAUACAAAAAUUGGCUCAUACCGAUGGCAAGCUGAGAUCGCCAAUCGAUUUAAAUAUCAGCUACAUGAAAAUCGUGAAUCUAAAUCCUGUACAGUGGUUCAAUUACAAUGUCACGCCAAAAAAGUUAAAACUUAGCAAUACUGGAUACACCGUCAUGCUUAGCGCAACAUGGCGUGAAGAAGAACCGUAUUUGUGCGGCGGUCCUCUCGUCGGCAAUUACGUCUUCUCGCAGCUACAUUUCCAUUGGGGUAAGACCGACAUGGACGGUAGCGAACACCGCGUCGACGGUGGAAGCAUGUCAAUGGAACUGCAUGCGGUCCAUUAUAAGAGCGAAUACGGAACUCAGUUAGGGGCUCUCCGUCAAACUGACGGCGUCACUAUAUUGGUAUAUUUAUUCCAGGUAUGUUUUAGAAAUAGUAAUUGUAUACAGCUGCAGGCAGCCCCCAAUCCGCUUCUAGCUGAUAUCAUAAACACAAUACCCUUUAUCCAAGCGGCUCACUCCUCCAUUCGUUUAAUACCUUUCCCUUUAAUGAACAUUAUGCGAUGCUUUCAACGUGAUUACUUCGUUUACUGGGGCUCCAUAACCAUGACAAAUAUCAGAAAUAGCGUACUUUGGUUAAUAAGCAGAAGACCGUUAGGAAUAUCCAUCGAUCAAAUCGCAGAGUUCCGCACACUGUGCAACGAACGCAAAAUGCCGAUUUUGACGAAUUGUCAGCCGUUGCAGGACAGAGGUGAUAGAAACGUUUUCCACGUGUGUCCUAGUGGAUCCAGCUAUGCAACGCUCUUGCCGAUUUCACGUGAUGCUGAUGAUAAUUAUAUUCCUGAGGACGAUAUCGACCGUAAUGAUAAACAAUGAUGCGCCGAUUAUAUUAUUUAUUACGCAUUAAAAAAUAGUACAAUUUAUAAAUUAUUAUUUAUAUUCAUAAAUAUA